AUGAGCGGAACAUAUGGUCCUCUGGGAGAUCUAUAUAUGGAUCUUGAUGCUUCAGAAGAUGUCCGCCAUCUCCUGCGUCGAUACAUUGAAGGAGACGGUGUUUUGUUGGGAUGGGGACUUUGUCGUGAUGGUGAACUUGGUACAGGGGCUCGGGGUAAUCUUAUUACACCUCUUAUCAUUUACACUAGAGAUAAACCACUUCGUGUGGGAUGUUCUUCUUUAACUUCAUAUUGGCUUGGGGCACAUGGAACCAUUUUUACAAUGGGUUCAGGCAGUUGGGGUGAACUUGGAGUGGAUAAUCCAAAAAUGUGUCCUCUUGUAACUUGUACAGAAAAUGGACUUCCAAUAGCUGUUGUACAAGUUGAACUUCCAGCUUUUUCACCUGAAAAUAUGCUUGUGGAUGUACAAGGUGGUUUCGCUUUUGUUGCAUCCUUAACGGUAAGAGGUGAUGUAUUUUUAUGGGGAGCUAAUAACUAUGGCCAAUGUACACGAAUGAUGGAAAUAAAAUGUUGUGCAAUUCCACAACGUCUCAGAAUUCCUGGUGAAAAAGUUAUUCAAGUAGGAUGUUCUAACUACGGUGUAUUAGCACUUACGGCUUCUGGUUCUAUAUACGGUUGGGGAUAUAUUGGUUUACUGGGAGAAGAACGUUCUAUUCGUUCACAGGUUUCAAGUGAUUCUAUUAAAACCGUAUAUAAUGGAAAUGAACCUAGAAUUACGGUUAUUGAUCCUAUAAGAGUAAAUAUGUUAGAAAAUAAAUCCAUUGUAUCCUUACGAGUUGGACCAUGGCAUGCGGUUGCUAUUAGUUCAGAUGGUAAAGCAUAUUCUUGGGGUAUGGGAAAAAAUGGAAGACUUGGUCAUGGAAAUGAAGAUAAUGUAAUGACUCCAAAACUUAUAUCAACACUUGGAUCUAAUGUAGUGGAAGCUUCUUGUGGUAGUUUUCAUACAUGUUUUGUAACCAAAGAUGGUUCAGCUUUUGCAUGUGGAGAUAAUAAAGGAGGACAAUGUGGAGUUGUAGGUGAAAUGAUGCUUACAACAUGUCAACGUAUAUAUGUUCCUUCAACUCGAAAAGUUAUAUCCGUUUUUUGUGGUCGUCAUCAUACUUUACUACUUUUAGAAACAGGAGAAGUGAUGGCAUAUGGUACUGGAUUAGGAUUGGGAUUAGGAUUAGGUCAAGGUAUGCGUCUAGUUCGAGGUAUGAGUAUUAUUGAUAAUUAUACAUCACUUUCUAUUAGUGGUGGGGUUUGUCAUAAUUUUUCCUUGGCUAUACCUAAAAAUUUGGUACUUGUGAUAAUAGGAUUAGCCCAUCGUGGGGUUCCUACCGCUUUAAAUGUUAUUGCCCUUAAAGAUGGAAUGUUAUGUGCGGCAUUGGGAAAUGGUUUUUCUAUUUUGGUAAAUAGACGAGGUUGUUGCUAUGCAUUUGGUUUGGGUGGAUGGGGACAACUUGGAAUGGAUCUUCAAGGUGUAAAAGAUGCAACACCGGAUCGAGUUCCUGUAAUGCGGCAUGCUGCGCGAAUUCCAUAUCUUUCUCGAACAACAAUUACUCAUGUAAGUGCUGGUGUUUCAUUUACUUUGGCUGUAAGUGAAGGACAACGGGUAUUUGCAUGGGGAAGUAAUUUAUAUGGUCAAUGUGGAUUAGGUGUAAACCCUAAAGAAUAUAAUCGUAUUAAUGAACCUCAAGAAAUUACAUGGUUGGCAGAUAAAUUAAUUGUUCAAGUGGCUUGUGGAUGUUAUUUUGCUUUAGCACUUAGUGCUACUGGUGAAGUUUACUCUUGGGGAAUGAUUGAAUGUUGUGGUAAUGGACUUGAACCUCUUCCAUCUAUUGUUCCUAAAAAUAUUAUUAUGGGACCUGUAGGACCUGAAAGCCGUGCGAGUAUUUUACUUCCUGCAAAGAUAUCUGGAUUAUCUAAUAUUGUAUCUAUCGGUGCAGGUGCUUGGCAUGCAGUGGCACUUAAUGCGAUUGGAGAAGUCUUUACAUGGGGACUUGGAAGUUUAGGAAGACUUGGACUUGGCUUUGAAGAAGAUCGGUAUACACCUACUAAAAUUACACUUCGAGCAUUUAUUACUCGUGUGGGUUGUGGUAUAUUCUCUAGUUACGCUAUUAGUGAUACGGGAAGUUUAUAUGUAUGGGGAUCUAAUGAUAAACAACAUCUUUCACAUGCCCCUGGUCGUUUACUUCACCCCACUCAUGUAUUAGAUGAUGUGAAGGAAGUGGCGGUGGGUAAAUAUUAUAUGAUUGCCCUCACACGUAGUGGGGAAUUACGGUUUACAGGUACAUUAGAACAUGAUAAUGGUGUAUAUGUAAGUCACUCUUUACAAGAUACAGAUACAAUUCCCCCAAUGUUAACAAAGGGAAGUAUGGAAGUGGAGGGAUUUCGUCCUUUACGGGUCUACGGCGGUGCGGAACACGCCUUUGUGUUAAUGGAAAAAGAUUCUAUACCACCACAUGUGAUUACUUCACUACACUAUGCAUUACGGGAUCAACCAGAGAAUAUUAUUAAACGAAGUAUAGGUAGAAAUCUUGAAGAAGAAAAGAGUAAAGCAAGGUGA